CAUUAUAAUACCUCCUGAAUCUAUAUCUGUAAUAUAUUUAGGAUUUCAAUGGAGUACAAUUGGUGAUACGCAAAACUUUGAUGUAGACCAAUUAACUGAACGGGAUGAAGAGGUGGCUUUACUCAAUGAAGCCUUAGCAAAGCAUUUUCUUAGCGUUUCAAGUCUUGAUCGUCAAAAAGGACAGGUAAAUCUGGAACUAGUAGAUACUUUAUUAAAAAAGGGAGCCCAAAUCAACAUGAGAGAUGGCCUUGGACAGACAUUGCUACAUGAGGCUGCACGGAUUUGGCAUGUUGAUGUGGCAAGCUUUUUAAUAAAACAAGGAGCUGACGUAAAUCAUGCGGAUACAUAUGGUCGAACUCCACUGCAUGUUGCUGCAAUCUUGAACUACACUGAAUUCAUUGAAGUUCUGUUAAAUAAUAAUGCAAAUAUUGAGGCAAAGACUAAUGAAGAAGAGCAAACCCCAUUCCAUUAUGCAGCUAGGUAUGAUGCAUUGAGGUCUCUUCACUGUUUAUAUAAACAUGGUGCGAACAUUCAGGUUGAAGAUUACAGAAAGAGAACUCCUUUGCAUUUGGCAGCACUUUAUGGUCGAAGUGAAGCAGCAAGGCUACUAUUACAACUUGGUUGUCGAGCUGCUGUAACAGAUGGUACUGGUGAAAGUUGCUUGAAUAUGUUGGUGUCCAGGAUACCUCCUGUGAGGCAAAGGGCUCGUCAAAGACCGUGCUUUGGAGCAUGUAUACUAUUGCUGCUCAAAGUUUUCUUCAUCAUCCCUUGGACUAUCUUUAUGACAAUAAUAGAUUGGGACAAGAAAUAUAUUUACAACUUCCCUCAGGACUGGUGGAGAGUUCUACUCAUCGUUCUUUGCAUUGUUCAACUCCUUCUAUUUGUUGAAGCUGAAUUUGUAAAUCUCAUUAAUGUAAAAACAAAACAUAAGGUAUGGAAGAAGAAUGAAAAAAAGAAAAUUCUUAAGGAUAAAACAUACUGUCAUCCUUCUUGGCCUAUGGAGGCAGCUUUUGUGGAAAAGGAACUGAGUGAUUUGAAAAAUAUGAAACCACAGUAUUACACAGAUUAUUGGUUCAUCUAUGCCUGCCUGAUUAUUAUUCUGCUCCUGGUGGUCACAGCUGCACACUUUGCAGAUAUAAUAGCAGGGAGCAAUAGGGUGUUCUCGCGACUUCAUCUCCAGGUUGUAGCAAUUACACUUCCUGUUCUUUGGUUUUGGAACAUCAAAAAUUUCAGGCCUUUCAGGUGA